AUGGCCGCGGAUGGGGGAUGCGGGGAAAAGGCGGAGGAGUACCGUGCCGAGGUGGAGCGGCUCACGCUGGAGCUGGCAGAAGCGAACCGGGAGAAGAUCAGGGCGGCAGAGUGCGGGCUGGUGGUGCUGGAGGAGAACCAGGCGCUGAAAGUGAAGUAUGCGGACCUGGAGAGCGAGCAGGAGGCUCUGAGGAGGGAGCUGGAGCAGUUACAGGAGGCCUUCGGACUGGCCUACACAAACCAGCGUAAGGUGGCAGAGGACGGAGAGAGCAAUGAGGAGACGCUGCUGCUGGAAUCUGCAUCCAAAGAGGCCUAUUACAUGGGCCGCCUGCUGGAGCUGCAGACAGAGCUGACCCUGAGCCGCUCUGUGGCUUCCAACGCCCAGGCCGAGACCGAGAGGCUCACCGGUCUAGCACAGGAGCUACGAGAGGCCAAUGAGACUCUGGAGUUACAGAGAAGCAGAAUGAAAGAAGAAAUCAAAGAGUACAAGUUCAGAGAGACUCGGCUGCUCCAAGACUACACUGAGCUGGAGGAGGAGAACAUCACGCUGCAGAAAUUGGUCUCAACGCUCAAGCAGAGCCAGGUGGAGUAUGAAGGGUUAAAACAUGAAAUCAAAGUUCUGGAGGAGGAGACUGUUCUUCUGAACAGUCAGCUGGAGGAUGCUCUUCGUCUGAAGGACAUUUCCCAGGGCCACUUGGAGGAGGCACUGGACGCCUUAAAGAACGAGAGAGAACAGAAGAACAACCUGCGGAAAGAGCUUUCGCACCACCUCAGCCUGAGCGACAGUGUGUAUGGAGCAGGGGCACACCUGGCGCUCACUGUCACUGGGGUCGAGGGCCUCAAGUUCAGUGAAGAAACCAACAGCACGAGCAGUAACCAGCCCUCCAGCUCCAACGGGAACAAUGAGGACUGCAACAGGCGUAAUGGGCACCUUCACACUGGAGCAGGAUUGGCUAAAAUAAAUGGAGAGUAUCGUCCAGGGAGAAAGGGGGACAGCCUGCACCCUGUGCCAGAUCUGUUCAGCGAGCUCAACAUGUCUGAGAUGCAGAAGCUCAAGCAGCAGCUGCUGCAGGUGGAGCGUGAGAAAGCCACUCUCCUCCGUACUCUACAAGAGUCCCAGGUGCAGCUGGAGCACACACAGGGCGCCCUGAGCGAGCAGAACGAGAGGGUGCACCGCCUCACAGAGCAUGUCAAUGCAAUGAGGCAGCUCAAUGGAGACAAAGAGCUGGCAGACCCCCAAGAGAGUGAGAAACCAGACGGUGGUCUGUCCCCUCCAGCCAACAGUCAUGACGCUGACAUUCAUGGCCUGGAGAUGCUGGAGUGCAAGUAUAAAGUGGCAGUGACCGAGGUCAUCGACCUGAAGGCGGAGCUCAAGGUGCUAAAGGAGAAGUACAACCAGGCAGUGGAGGGCCAAGGGGAGAUCCCCUCUGAUGACAGGGUCCAAACUCUCUCUGAGCAGGUCACUAACCUGGAGCGUGUGUGUCGUGAGGCCAAGGAGAGGGUCAUUACACUGGAAGCAGAGCUCCGAGCGGCCUCAUCAGCCACAGUAGAGAGCCAGAGUGUGCUGAACACAGCCCAGGAUGAGUUGGUGACCUUCAGUGAGGAGCUGGCUCAGCUCUAUCAUCAUGUGUGUCUAUGCAACAAUGAGACUCCAAACCGUGUCAUGCUGGACUACUACAGGCAGAGCCGUGUCACUCGCGGUGGCAGUCUCAAAGGCUCAGAUGACCCCCGGGCUUUACUGUCCCCCCGCCUGGCCCGACGCCUGGCUGCCAUCUCUGCUGCCUGCUCCUCUGACCCUCAGCGCAGCCCCAUGGACUCCCCAUCUAAAGACACCAGCCACAGUGAGUCUACCUCUGGGGUAGACUCUCCAGCAUAUCAUGGGAGCCCAACCCGCACAGCCAGCAGUCUGUCCUCAUGUUCAUCCCCUGUACCCUCAGAGGCAGGGGACCUACGCAAAGAGCCCAUGAAUAUUUACAACCUCAAUGCGAUCAUCAGAGAUCAGAUUAAGCACCUGCAGAGGGCUGUGGACCGCUCCCUGCAGCUGUCCCGGCAGAGGGCUGCUGCCAGAGAACUGGCCCCUAUUCUUGACAAGGACAAAGAGUCCUGUAUGGAGGAGAUCCUCAAGCUGAAGUCUCUGCUGAGCACUAAGAGGGAACAGAUAGCUACCCUGAGGCUGGUGCUGAAGGCCAAUAAGCAGACUGCAGAGGUUGCUCUGGCCAAUUUGAAGAGCAAAUAUGAAAAUGAGAAGGCAAUGGUAACAGAGACCAUGAUGAAGCUGCGGAAUGAGCUGAAGGCUUUGAAAGAAGAUGCAGCAACAUUCUCAUCUCUCAGAGCUAUGUUUGCUACCAGAUGUGAUGAGUAUGUUACCCAGUUGGAUGAGAUGCAGAGGCAGCUGGCAGCUGCAGAAGAUGAGAAAAAGACACUGAACUCUCUUCUGCGAAUGGCGAUCCAGCAGAAACUGGCUCUAACACAACGUCUGGAAGAUCUAGAAUUUGACCACGAGCAGACACAUCGAGGCCGUGGCGCUAAAGUGCCCAAGAUUAAAAGCAGUCCUCCUAAAUUUUUUGUAGAUUGUCAGCAGCCUGCUGCCUCAGUAUCGCCAUUCUCCCAACCACUAAGGCGAGGGAGGCCCUCUCUUGCCCGCAGUCGUAGAUCUGCCCCAGAUGCCUCCGAGCAGCUCUCAGCCCGGUCUGGACACAGUGUUGCCCUCUCUGUGUGUGACCCUCGUAACUGCCUGUCCCACCAGCUCCACCAGCCGCCUGGGACCUGA